GUUCAGGCGCACUGGCUUACGGAAGAAGUGGCUGAAGGCGCACUUCUUCCGUUACCAUAAGGGAAGAAACCUCGGUUCCGCCCCUCCCCUUCGCUCUGCUGCUCGCUGCGAGGAAUCAAAGCCUGAAAAAAACAAAAAUGGAGUCCGCGGGCGUCGAUGAGAUGUCUGAAUCUAUUAUUCCUGGCCUGCCAAAUGAUUUGGCUUUGAGAUGUCUGGCAAUUAUCUCGCAUGGAUAUCAUGGUUGGCUAGAGUGUGUUUUGAAAAGAUGGAAACGUGCAAUCAGGAGCAAGUAUUAUGCAGAUUUAAAGGCGGAGGGAGGGUGGAGUGGAGAUUGGUUGUUUGUUCUUGGAUCCAAUAAUUCGGCUAUGUGGCUUGCUUAUAAUCCUGAUGCAGGUCGUUGGCGUCCGCUGCCGCAAAUGCCAGGGCCCACUUCUGAUGAAGAAUUCUGUACGUUUUCAUGUGCAAAUUAUGUAACAAGUUCUUGGUGAUUGGUGGCUGCUACAUCCCACGUUCAACUGUAUGGUCGGAGACAAAUUUAUUGGAAGUGAAUUCCGUCAUAGUUUUUGAUACAUUCAAGAAGGAGUGGAGCACUGCAGCCAGCAUGAGCACAAAACGAAUUGAUUUUGCAUGUACUGCAAUAGGCGAGAAGGUUUAUGUAGCUGGUGGAAGGAACUCAGAUAAGCUUCAAGGACUUGCUAGCGCUCAAGUCUAUGACUCUCACUUGGACUUGUAAGCUUUUUAUUGAGAUCUUCAUUUUCUAU